AUGUCUUACCUUCUUCGCUCCGAUCCCUUUUCUCAGAUUCACCCAGAACCUCAAUCCCUAGACGAAUUCGAUCACUUCGAUCUUCUUCCCGACUCGCUUCUCCUCCUAAUCUUCGAAAAAGUCGCCGACGUCAAAGAUCUCGGCCGUUGCUGCAUCGUUUCCCGUAGAUUCCACUCUCUUGUACCUUUCGUCGAAAACGUACUCGUUCGCGUUGAUUGUGUAAUCUCCGAUGACGAUUCCUCCGUUGAAGAUCGUCGUUUCUCUCUAAACUCCGCAUCGAUUUUAGAUCCUUCCGGUGUUAGUGGCUCUUUCUCCGCCUUGUUCCGUCUCGUCUUCGCUCCGAUUUUCAAACCGUUUCAGGUUUUAGGUCAGUUACUAGGUCCUAAACGAUCACUCUCUGGUGGCGAAAUCGCCGGAGAGAUCGAUCAAGGAACUAUUACGCACCAUUCUCCAACUCAGGUAUUGCAAAACUUCUCUGAGAUUAGGUUUCUUAGAAUCGAAUUACCAACUGGAGAAUUAGGAAUCGAAGAUGGUAUAUUGCUGAAAUGGAGAGCUGAUUUCGGAUCUACGCUUGAUAAUUGUAUGAUUCUCGGUGCUUCAUCGGUAGUAACGAAGUCGAAUUCCGUUGAGAAUUCGAUUGAAGAAGACAAUGGUAACAUACCUGAAUCGUUUUACACUAAUGGAGGACUUAAGCUUCGUGUAGUUUGGACGAUAAGCUCGUUAAUCGCCGCAUCUGCUCGACAUUAUCUUCUUCAACAGAUCAUUACUGAGCAUAAGACAUUAGAUCGUUUGGUUCUCUCUGAUGCAGAUGGACAAGGUAUACUGUCUAUGAACAGAGAACAGCUCGAAGAGCUUCGAGUUACUCCUUUAUCGGCUUCUUCUGCUUCGAAGCGGACUCUUGUGCCUGCAUUGAAUAUGAGGCUUUGGUAUGCUCCGCAAUUGGAUUUACCUGAUGGUACUGUGUUGAAAGGUGCUACAUUGGUUGCUAUUAGGCCGAGCGAGUCGAAGAAGGAAGUUUGUGAUGCUUCUUGGUUGUCUGAUGCAUUUGAGGAACCCUUUGGAACUGCGGCUAAGUUGUUGUUCAAGAGGAGGACUUAUUGUCUCGAGAUGAACUCGUUCUGA